AUGUCCUUCUUUCACGGCCUCACUCUCGAGGCAUUCCCGGCCAACCUCACCAGUUCCCUCGCACAGCCCUUCAUGUCGUACCUGUCGUCUGCCCUCCUUCUAGGCUCUGUCGCCGUGCAGCACAUCCUAGGCAACAUCGCCGCCACCCCACCAGCAUCUGAUCUCGAGUCCUUCAUACAAAGGCAGUAUCCGAUCGCCUAUGAUGGAGUGCUGUGUAACAUUGGGUCUGAAGGUUGCCAGGCACAAGGCUCAAGCCCUGGUGUUGUAAUUGCAUCCCCGAGUCGGGAGGAUCCGCCAUACUUUUACACUUGGACACGGGAUAGCGGACUAGUAUUCAAGUCACUCGUGGACAUCUUCGUCGAUAAGUUUGAUCCUGCCCUGCAAGACAAGAUCCAACAGUACGUGGCGUCUUCGGCUCAGCUACAGGGCGUCAGCAAUCCAUCCGGCGAGCUCUGGAACGGAGAAGGACUCGGCGAAGCCAAGUUCAACGUUGAUCUUACGGCAUUCACGGGAGACUGGGGACGGCCACAGCGUGAUGGGCCUGCACUGCGCGCUAUUGCCAUCAUCGGAUAUGCCAAGUGGCUCGUCAGUAAUGGACAUGCUUCGACAGCUGAAGACGUAUUAUGGCCCGUUGUCCAGAAUGACCUCGCCUAUGUUGCCCAAUACUGGAACCAAACGGGCUUCGACCUCUGGGAGGAAGUUUAUGGAAGCUCGUUCUUUACGGUAGCGAGCCAGCACAGAGCUCUCGUUGAGGGUGCCUCGCUUGCUCGAACCCUUGGAUUUCAAUGCAAGUCUUGUGAAGCCAUUGCCCCUCAUAUCCUAUGCUUCAUGCAAUCCUUUUGGUCACCAUCAGCCAAACACAUCCUUGCGAACAGUUCUAUCCACACUUUCGACCCUUUUGCUGGCUGUGAUGCUGCAACAUUCCAGCCCUGCAGUGAUAGAGCUUUGGCAAGCCACAAGGCAAUAGUUGAUUCCUUCCGCUCCCUGUACAGCAUCAAUGACGGUAUCUCCCCCUCGUCCGCUGUAGCGAUCGGUCGGUAUCCAGAAGAUGUGUAUUAUGGCGGCCAGGCAUGGUACCUCACGACACUGGCAGCUGCUGAGCAACUCUAUGACGCUCUCCUUGUCUGGAAGCUUCAAGGAUCCAUCACUGUCACAGAGGUCUCCCUAUCAUUUUUCCAACCCCAUCUGCCCUCUAUCACCACAGGCACCUAUGAUAACCAGACGUCAGCCUAUGCCAGCUUGACGGAUGCCAUCUUAACAUAUGCAGAUGGAUUCGUCAAGGUCGUGGCCAACUUUACGCCAGUCGAUGGAACGCUGGAUGAACAAUUUGACCGCAAUACUGGCGAGCCCCUUUCAGCGCGGGAUCUUACUUGGUCUUACGCGUCUUUCCUGACUGCCAUCAGGCGACGAGCUGGCCUUGAGUCUCCUGGCUGGAUCAACGCAGAUGCUACUCUGAUCCCGGCGACUUGCUCAGCAACGUCGGUCUUUGGCGUAUAUGCCACAGCGACGGCAACAACCUUCCCGUCAAACCUAGUCCCCGGCACACCGCCCUCGGAAACCCCCCCUCUCAAACUGCCAAGACCCUCAACCUGUCUAGUCAGGUUCAAAGAGCGUGUAUCCACUCGGGUAGGGCAGAACAUACGGGUCGUCGGAAACCAGCCGGGUUUGGGAAGAUGGGAUCCUGGGCAUGCCGUGCCUUUGGACGCCUUGCAAUACACGGCCACGGAUCCGUCGUGGCGCGUGACAAUCGCUCUGCCGGCGGGUCAAGUGGUAGAAUACAAAUAUGUGAUGGUUGAAAGUGGUGGCUCCGUGGUCUGGGAAGCAGGCAGCAACCGAGUGUUGACGGUACCCAGCGAGUGUGAGGGGGAGCUGGAGAGGUCUGAUGAGUGGCAGAGCUGA